AUCAGGUGGUAAACAUAAUACUAACGAGAGACAAGCACACGACGAUUCUUGUAUGCCGAGGCAAAAUUUCGGAGUAAAAAAAAGAAUGUUUAAAUUCUUUGUAAGUGCGAGUAAAGGUGACGAGGAGGAGGAGAGAGAAAAAGGCGAUCAUUGUGCGGUGUUUGUGAGUGCAAGAAGAGUAUUUGUCCGGCAUUCUGAAUCCAUCGACGGAGAAGGCUAAUUCAUUCGCUUCCAAGCUUUUGUUGAAGCAUUUUGGAGCCCAGUACAAGGUCAAGGUGAACUUGCUGAACUAUGGAUAACGAGGAAAUAGUAGAGGAAAAUGCAAAUGGGGAAAGUCAGGCGGAGGGAAGUGCCAGAAUCAUACCUGAGCAACUUAAUGCAAUGCUCUAUUAUAUGGAACAGCAUAGUGAAUUCGCAGCUAAUAAGCUGCUUGGAGCAAAUGGAAAGGAGAGCAAGAAGGCGCAGUGGCAGAGAUUGGCAGAUCUCGUCAGCUCAUGUGGUCCAGCUAAGGAUAUCAAGCAAUUGCAAGCUGUCUGGUCAAGACAAAGAGGCAAGGCAAAGGAGUACAACGCUGAAAAGGUUAGAGCAGCAAGGCGAACUGGAAAUCACACUGAAGUCCGGUUUAUUGAAAAUCCUAUAAUGGAGAAGAUAUUGAAGAUAGUGGGAACAAAGCACAAAAAUGGUCUGGAAAUUGUUCCAGAAGUUGGUAUCGCACCAGCAAAGUUGAAACGAAAGCCAAAAAAGAGCAUUAUUGUCUACGAGCUUCCACUUUCUCUAACAACCACUUCAGGAGCAUCUCCAGUGACUGCAGCUGGUGAAAUCAAAAUGAAGAAUGCAUCGUUCACUUCACCUGUUACUCGACCUCUGCAUUCUGCAGCAACUACUAGUACAUGUACUAGUGAAUCUGCAGCAACUCCAGCUAACAGUGCAUUGUUCACUGCGUCUGCAACUCCAGCUCUCCAUCAAUCAGCAUCUGCCACUGGUUCAGGAAUGAAAGAUGCAUCAAUUCCACCUAACAAGGAGGCAUCCACUACGUCUGUCACUCGAGCUCUUCUGAAGUCACAAUCUGCCAGUCUGUCAGCAACUAUAUCUGCAGCGACUCCAGACAACCCAGUGAUCAAUACCAGACGAGCUCUCCAUCACUCAGCACAUGUCAGUGCAUCUGCAGCUCAUCAUAGCAAACCAUAUGAUACGUUUGCUGUACCACCAAAGUACACUUCAAGAAGGUUGAAAGUAAUCAAUCCUACGAAAGAAAUGACAUUAUCAAGGUGUGUCACUCUGUCACUCCAGCUCCUCGCCAAUCAGAAUCUUCCAGUGGUUCAACAAGUGAAGCUGCAGCGAAUGUAGACAAGGAAGGGAUCA